AACAAGAGACGGGUGCCCCGUGCCUCAUGUACCUCCCUCUCCGGGCUGUUACUUUGUGUGCUUGCGAGAAAAAGAUCUGCAUAACGUGCGCUUCCGGAGAGCGAGUCUGCGCUUGCGCGCUCAGACCCCGCCUCUCUGCCCAUUGUGAGCGCCAUUAUCGGAUCCUGGCGGCGAGGUUCAGCGUGUUUCCCGGUAAUCACAUGACGAAACCUGACACCAUCCAACUUUGUAUAUAACUCCUGAAUCUAUAUUUAUGUGAAUUUUGAGAAGAUUGCAAACUCCAGAAGUAAAGUCUCUAUAGUGACAUCCCAGAAAUUACUCCAGAGUAAAUACCUGUGUGUUUCCAAUGAAGAUAGCAACUAUCUAAGAUAACUGCUGGAGAAUUCCUAUAGACAAGCAAACGUGUCUAAGAAUGUCUCUAACUGUUCGUUUAGAGGGUCUGUCAAGUUCAGCAAGCUCGCGCGAUAUUCGAGGUUACUUUUCUGGAUUGGAAAUUCCCCUGGGAGGGGUGACGGUCAUUGGUGGAAAAAGGGGCGAAGCUUUUGUUAACUUUAUAAAAUGGGACGAUGCACGGCAAGCAAUUCUGCAAACAGGACGCCCCUUAAAGGAUUCUACUAUUCAUGUUUCACUCAGCUCUAGAGAAGAAAUGGAACGUGCGUUACAAUACACUGAAAUCCUUUCAAAAACGUCCGUAUCUGAUAAGAAUGGAACGCAUGAGGAAAGGAAUAGAGAUGAACGAGAUGCAGUUUCGCUCAGAACACACGUAUAUUUACGCAUAAAAGUUAGUGCUUCAGAAGCAACAUUAACAGAUAUCCAAAGGUUUUUUAAUAGACUUCACAUUAUAGAUGUAUUGUACUUUAAAGAUGAACGAUCAGUUAGGAGUGGUGAUGCAAUAGUUAAAUUUGCCUCUAAUGUAGAAGCAACCGAGGGUUUCAAUAGAUAUAGGGAUAGUAAGUCAAUACGUGUGUCAUGGUCUAGUGAAGGGGAUUGGCUUAAAUAUGGUGGCAUAGAGGAUGAUUCACGUUCAAGACAUGGAAGAAAAAGAACUCGGUCCAGGUCUCCGCGAAAGCGCUCAAGGUCCCCACGCAGGCGCUCCAGGUCUCCGCUCAGGCGCUCCAGGUCUCCGCUCAAGCGCUCCAGGUCUCCGCUCAGGCGCUCCAGGUCUCCGCGCAGGCGCUCCAGGUCGCCGCGUAAGCGCUCCAGGUCGCCGCGCAAGCGCUCCAGGUCGCCGCGCAGGCGCUCCAAGUCGCCGCGCAGGCGCUCCAGGUCUCCGCGAAGGCGUUCCAGGUCAUCAGGAAGGCGAUCUAGGUCUUCAGGAAGACGGUCCAGGUCUCUGCGAAGACGUUCCAGGUCUUCAGGGAGGCGCUCCAGGUCUCCGCGAAAACGUUCCAAGUCUCCGGGGAGGCGUUCCAGGUCUGAGAGACAGUGUUCUCGUUCUUCUUCUAGGCAUUCUAAGUCUCCAGAAAGUCAGUCUGAUGAGAAUAGUUCUAAUUCAGAUGAGUUUCAUGUGCGUGUGCUAAACGUAAGCAACAGUGUGGAAAAAUCGGACUUAAAGAAAUUGUUUUACAAUUACGUGAGCGACAGUAACAUUACAUUUGUGCAUGAUGAAAAAGGCCAUAGAACAAGGGAGUGCUUUGUCAUGUUCUCAAGUGAUGAACACCGUAAAAAAGUUCUUCGGUUUGACAAAUGUAUGUUUAAGGGACGAACCAUGUAUAUUUCUUCAAUUUCUAAAUCACGCAUGCAAAAGUUGCUUGCAGAAAACAAAGCAAUGUCCUCACAGGAUUUUUCAAAUGGACAAUAUUUCUACUUGAGAAACUUUCCUUCCAAUGUUUCUAAAAGUGAUGUUCAGGAAUUCUUUUCUGGCUUUUCUCUGAAAGAAGGGGAUAUUUAUCUGCUAUGUGACAAAAAAGGAGUUCCACUAGGGGAAGUAUUGGUAAACUUCACAACCAAAGAAGAAGUAACCAAGGCUGAUAAAUUAAAUCGCAAAAAGUUCAAAGGCAAAGAAAUUCCAUUGAAACGUAUUCCUGAGGAAAAGUUGAAAAGUAUUCUGCGGUACAAUUCUGUACUCCCAGGAUCUACAGAUCCAUACGACUGUGUAACCCAGGAGGACGAUACGCUUGAAGAUAAUGAUUUAACCCAGGAAGAUGGUUCAUCUGAAGAUAAGAGAGGCAAAACUGAUUUAUACGGUACCCAGGAUGCCAGUACAGCUGACAAUGAUUUUUUCCAGAUAGACCAUGAGUGUGUUACUCAAGCAGAUGAUGUAGAUGAUGAACCCAUUGAGGACUCGGAUACCAAUGCACCCAAUGAGGACUCAGAUACCAAUGCAGAUAUUAAACAUGAGGAUACAUCUUUCAUCCAGGCAGACAGUGCACCCAAUGAUGAGUCUGAUACCCAUGCAGAUAUUAAACAUGAGGAUAAGUCUGCCAUCCAGGCCGACAUUGCACCCAAUGAUGAGUCUGAUACCCAUGCCAAUAUUAAACAGGAGGAUAAGUCUGCCAUCCAGGCCGACAAUGUACCAAAUGAUGAUUCUGAUACCCAUGCCGAUAUUAAACAGGAGGAUAAGUCUGCCAUCCAAGCCGACAAUGCACCAAAUGAUGAUUCUGAUACCCAUGCCGAUAUUAAACAGGAGGAUAAGUCUGCCAUCCAAGCCGACAAUGCACCAAAUGAUGAUUCUGAUACCCAUGCCGAUAUUAAACAGGAGGAAAAGUCUGCCAUACAGGCCAACAAUGCACCAAAUGAUGAUUCUGAUACCCAUGCCGAUAUUAAACAUGAGGGUAAGUGUUUAAUCCAGGCAGAUGAUGCACACAAUGAGGUCUGUGUUACAAAGGUAAAUAGCAUGCAUGGCAACGAGACGAUCAAUGAUAAAGCCAUGGAAUAGGACAAUGUUCUGCAGAAAUUAAGCCGCCCAGUCCUCAGACUGAGCUUAUUCUUUUAUAUUUCAAAGACAUUUACACCCAUACAGGAUUCUGAUGUAGGAUUGUUUAACUGAUGUCAGGCGCCUAGUUACACGAGUGACGCAAAAAUGUGGAAGAUAAAGAUUUGGAAAACCGAAUGGUGUCAUGUUCUUACGUGGUUUGGAUAUGUUUGGCCUUAUAUGUCACCCUUGAAUAGCAGGAAGAUGUUUGUGCCUCCCUUAGGGCUCGCACUAAUCAUAUGACAUCACCGCUGUUUGCUGCUGCCAGUGUGUUAUAUAAAGAGUGAUGAGAUUGUUGCACACAUAUAAUAUCUUUCCAUUUUCCUUCUCUUAUUGCAAUGUAUCUACGAAGUAACGUCUGGAUAGUUGUAGCAUGCAGUGGUCUUGGCGGUGAUAUCAGCAAGAUGGGUCCCAAGAGAGGCAGCUUCACAUAUCUGCUACUCGGAUGGGAAAUGCAGCAGCAUAGGGAAUAUUGUCAUCUCAUCGACCUCUCCAUAUUUAUGUAGUGAUUUCUGUAAGUCUCACACUUUGCCAAGUUAAGAAGCUGUGUCUGUUGUGAGUGUAUGUAAACGCAUAUUUGGGAUAGAUAAUGAGAGUGAGCCACCCUUACUCAAAUGCAUUCUGAACACAUUGCACAUGGAGCAGUAAAUGGUCAUUAGCUUUUAUACAACACACAUUUACUUUGUGUUGCCACUCUGUGCAAUCUAUCAAAUGCACUGGAAUGCAACAUGGCUUUUAUUCAGUAGUCCUGUGAAAUAGACCUCCAGGAAAAAAAAUUAAAAGAUAAAGGACAGACUUUAAAUAUGCCAUUUGCUAGGAAACAUUAAAAAUUACAUCUUUGCUUCAUAAAAUGUAAUGUUUAUACAUAUUUGCAAUGUUUAAUACAUUGAUGGACAGGUCUCAAGAUCAGGAUGCACCUAAAGUGUGGGCGUCGUCAGCACUUUGGACAGCUACACUGGAGGACUUCUCUGCAGCAUUUGACAGGCACACAGCUGUCCUUAAUCACUGCCGGUAACAAAUGAGUGCUGCGAUGUAAUUUUAAUCUCUGUCCUCGAUUACAGACCAGAAUAUUGCAGAUAUUGCAAACAGGUUAUCAUAGGGUUCACUUUCUCGCACUGCUACACAGCCAAAGGUAGGCCCACUUUACUUGUGGGGUAACCGUGUUACUGCAGUAGGUCACUGAAGCUCAGCACCUAUAGGGAAGAGAGGUCAAGGGUGCAUCUGUAAAAUAAUUUUUUUAGAAGGUCACAUAUAUAGAACGAUUAUCAGACAGGAAAACAUUACACGUUUUUGCUCGCACCCCAUAGAGGUGUGAGCAGAGAUUAGCAACAUUUUCCUACCGUAAUAACCUCAUGUGUGGCCAGCCCCAGACCAUACAAGGUUCCAACAACACAUCAAACUUAAUUGAAUCUCCCCCUUUAAUAACUGAUAACACACACAUAGUGAUAUCAAUGAGUUGGUCUGAUUUCACAGUAUGAUCCCAAAACAACCAUGAAGUCUAGUAAUCAGAUGAUCAAGAUUAGUUUAUAGCUAUUGGGAUGGAGGCUGCAAUAUCGGGUACCAUUUACUGUGGAAGUGGUCCAGAUGCCCAGACAGAUUUUCACGUGGCCAAGUCUUAUCUAAUUUGAUCGCCAUUUAGGUCGCUAACACGAACAAUUAGCCUUGUUUUCAUGCAGGGAUUCAUUGAUGAUUCUCUACUAGGGGAAACAUUGGUAAGAUUCUCAACUGAUGAAGAAUCAGCUAGGUCUAAUAAACUAGUACAGGGGUAGACAACCUCCAGCACUCCAGCAGCUGUGGAACUACACAUCCCAGCAUGCCUGCCAAAGUUAUAGCAUGCCUUAACAGCAAAGCUAUGGCAGGGAAUGCUGUGAUGUGUAGUUCUGUAGCAGCUGGAGUGCCACAAAUUGCCUAUCCCUGAACUAGUCUGAAUAGCUAGCUCAAGUAUAAAACACAAUCCAUUUUCUGAAGCAAAGAUCUAAAAGGUGAAGUUGGAGAGAAAAUCUUCCUUCAAUGUUUGACUUUUUUUUUUUUUUAAUAUAUGUAAGUUUUCCAUUAAACAUUUUCUUUUCCUUAAAGUGAAACUGAUUUUUUUUUUUGUUAUGUAAAUAGUUGAAUUAUAUAUAGUUAAUUGUAAAAUCUUGAGCUUUUUGUCACAUAAAACUAUUAGUAAUAAUCUCACAGGUUAUGAAACUGCAUUGUGUUAUGAUCUGAUUUGUGCUUUUCCUGAAUCCGCCUUUGUUUCCUAAAAUAAAAUAAAAUAAAAAAAAGUUAUCA